AUGGACGUGGACCCGCAAAAACCCCUUGUCUCUCCCAUCAUUGUCAACUCCGCCGCUUCCUCAUCUUCCCCCGAUCAAUCUUCACCUCCACCACCCAAACCACGCGCCAAAAAGAGGGCCGCUGCUAGUGGAUACCGCGGAGUACGCAUGCGCCAAUGGGGCAAAUGGGUCUCUGAAAUUAGAGAGCCCAAGAAGAGGAACAGAAUCUGGCUCGGAACUUACGCCACUGCUGAAAUGGCGGCUCGAGCCCACGACGCCGCGGCUCUAGCAAUCAAAGGCCGCGCUGCUAUCCUUAACUUCCCCGAACUCGGCCCGCACCUUCCACGUCCGCCGACCAAUUCCCCUAAGGACAUACAAGCCGCCGCUGCCAAGGCAGCCGCAUUGGAUUACUUUCCAAGCCAUGAAGCCGUAGCCAAUCCCAGCCGAAUCGUGUCCGCGUCGUCCUCAUCGUCCUCCUCAUCCUCUUCCACCCAGCCUAAGGACAAGGAAGAAUCACCGAAUUCAUCGAUGGACAAGGAUGAUGACAUGUUUGUGGACCUCCCUGACCUGAUAAUUGACUUGGAUCACGGUGGUCGAGGAAGUGAAUUUGAUUACUCGACGCGUUGGCUUGUAAACGAAGCCGACCAACUCGACUCGGCUUUCCAGCUCGCAGAGCCUUUCCAGUGGGAGUCAGUUCCCUACUAA